ACUCAGCUACGAUGACCAUCAAGAACAAAUGCCCGAUUCCACGAAUCGAUGACCUACUUGACCAGCUUCCGGGAGCCACGGUAUUUUCCAACCCAGAUCUGCGUUCCAGAUACUGGCGAAUAAGAAUGGCGGACAAUUCCAUCCAUAAAACUGCCUUCCGAACUCGGUACGGGUUGUACGACUAUCUCGUAAUGUUGUUCGGACUCACCAAUGUACCGGCAACAUUCCAAGCUGAAAUGAACCAUAUUCUAUGCCCACUCUUGGAAAAAUGCAUAGUGGUUUACUUGGACAACAUCCACAUCUACUCGCGCGACAUGAAGCAGCACGUCGAACACCUGCGAUGUGUCUUUGAAAUUCUUCGACGAGAACGAUUUUAUGUCAAAUUAUCCAAGAGCGAAUUCGCACGCGAGAAGGUCCAAUUCCUCGGACAUAUGGUGAGUGCUCGAGGAGUUCACGUCGAUCCCAAUAAAUCAAAGUAGUACGCAUGUAGAAGACAUCCGAG